CAAAGGUGAAUUUUAAGUGAACCCUAAAAGUUGUAUCUGACUGCAGCCAACAUGGAUGGAAGACCCACCUGCGACCAGUGUGGGAAGACUUUCACCAGAAAGGAUUACCUUAAAUCACACCUACGUAGCCACAGUGGAGAAAGACCAUAUAGCUGUCACCAGUGUGGGAAGGCUUUCACCCAACUGUCUACCCUUCAGACACACUUGCGCAUCCACAAAGGAGAAAGACCAUAUGGCUGUAACCAGUGUGGGAAGUCUUUCACCCAAAUUAAUGGGCUUAAGAGACACCUACGCAUUCACAGUGGAGAAAGACCAUUUGUCUGUAACCAGUGUGGGAAGGCUUUCACCCAGUUGUCUAAUCUUCAGUCACACCUGCGCAUCCACACAGGAGAAAGACCAUAUGGCUGUGACCAGUGUGGGAAGUCUUUCACCGGAAUUAGUGGGCUUAAGAGACAUCUACGCAUUCAUAGUGGAGAAAGACCAUAUGGCUGUGACCAGUGUGGGAAGGCUUUCACCCAACUGUCUAAUCUUCAGUCACACCUGCGCAUCCACACAGGAGAAAGAUCAUACGGCUGUGACCAGUGUGGGAAGGCUUUUACCCAACUGUCUAAUCUUCAGUCACACCUGCGCAUCCACACAGGAGAAAGAUCAUAUGGCUGUGACCAGUGUGGGAAGACUUUCGCUGACAUGAGUAGCCUUAAGAGACACCUACUCAUUCACAGUGGAGAAAGACCAUAUGCGUGUGAUCAGUGUGGGAAGACUUUCACCCAAAAGAAUGACCUCAAGAAACACCUACGCAUCCAUAGCAGAAAAAGACCAUAUGUCUGUUACCAGUGCGGGAAGGCUUUCACUGAAAUGCAUCACCUUGAGACACACCUACGCAUCCAUAGCGGAAAAAGACCAUAUGUUUGUUACCAGUGUGGGAAGACUUUUUCCAAAAUGAAUGGGCUUAAGGCACACCUCCGCAUACACAGAGGAGAGAGACCAUAAAACUGUGUCAUGUGUGGGAAGGCUUUCAGAGCCUUGCAUUAUUUUGUCAUCGUCAUGAUCACCACAAGAAGUUGAUGUACCCAUGUGAUAAGUGCACAAAGAUACUCUGGUCGUUCAACUCUUACAAGUGUCACGAGUGGACCUAUACUAGAGAGAAACCCUAACAGUGUAGAUUUUGUGACAGAACUUUUAUCACAGGUUCACAAUGUACCAAACAUGAAUGUGUCAAACAUUUCCACAAAUGACAAAAACUGAACAAUUGUACAAAAAGUAAGACUCUAGAAACCAGUAGAAUCAAUCAGUGUCAUAACACACCAAAACAGUUUGAUCCAGAUGUG